AAAACAAAAAAUAUAUUUAUCAUUACUUAUAGACCAGCUAACCAGCUUAACAACCCACGUAUUGCUGGUUUGGACUUAGUAAACAAACAGUAGACUAGGAUCACAGCUUUUACUCAAUAUUUGAUUUUGAGUUUUUUUCACAAUGUCUGUCUGUACAACAAAUUACAAAAAAGAAAUUUUCAACUCUCUCCCGACUCUCCAUGAUGAUGAUUCAGAGGAUGAUCUGGAGGUAGAAGUGUAUUACAGAGUGAUAUUUAAGAUCAGGACAUGGGAUGGACAGAUGAGGUUUCAUGAAGCUGACCUCCCAGGAUCUGUUGAAAUACGCCACUUAAAGGAAGAACUGGCAGAUGAAUUGGGCCCACACGAGUCCAGUGAGUGGGUCAUUGCCAGGUCCAACACCCGCAUGUUGGACAACACCGUGAUACACAACAACUACGACGUCCAGCAUGAAGAGGUCAUCAAUGUCUUUGUACACAACCCACACUCCAGACACCGACAUCAAGUUCCAGUAAUGGAAGGUUCACAGAGAAAUUAAAAUCUCAUACCUAACCUGGUCUGGUCUCUUUAACGACUGUAACUAUAAAGUUAUAACUAUAAUAUAAAUAGAAACAUGUACAGCCUUUCACCAUUUUUUUUUUGUGUGGAUAUUUUUGAAAAAUUCCUUUUUUUUUCAAAAUUUUAAUCAGUAUAAUACAUGCAAAAAAAAAAUCUCAUGUUCUACAACCUUUAAAAUACCUUUUCAUUUCUCUAUGAUGCACUUAUCACAGAAAUGUAAAUUGUCACAUACCGAAAAAAUUGAAAACUGAUUAUUAUGUAGUAUUGUUUAUUGGAUGCUCAUAUCUUUAGCAGGUAUACCUUAGAGGGUACCCAUAUAUGAAUUGAGUUGGUGACAGGACAAAUGAUCUGAGACAAAAUAUCCCAGACAAAAUAUCUGACAGACCAAUGAUCUCAGGACAAAUGAUCUAAAGAACAAAUUAUAUCACAGACAAAAUAUCUCAGGA